AUAACAAUCCAAUUGAACGCCGGCACUCCGAUCAUGACUUUCUCCGCCACCGUUGGCCGCCCGCCAUUCAUUCGGUCCACCGCUCCGCACACCAAUUUAUACACACAAGUGCACCACUGACCAAUCAACGACCGAAUUUUUCGUGGAAAGAUGGAGGCCAGAGCCAGAGCUCCAGGGAAGAUCAUACUCGCAGGCGAGCAUGCGGUGGUUCACGGAUCCACCGCCGUCGCCGCUGCCAUUGAUCUCUACACCUACGCUUCGCUUACUUUUCCUCCUCCGUCAGCCAUCUUCUGUGUAUGUUGUGGGAGCAGAGAGUGAUGAUGAGCUAAAACUUCACCUCAAAGAUAUGGACUUGGAAUUUUCUUGGCCAGUUGGAAAAAUUGCAGUAAUCCUUUCGGAAGUUGGUGGCCAUGAUGCUUCCACUCCUUCAUCAUGUUCGUUUGAGACCAUUAAAGCAAUAGCCUCUCUAGUUGAUGAACACAAUAUCCCUGAGGCUUAUAUUGCACUUGCUUCGGGUGUUUCAGCAUUUCUCUGGCUGUAUACUUCCAUUCAUGGUGCUAAGCCGGCCAGAGUUGUGGUGACCUCCGAAUUGCCCUUAGGAUCUGGUUUGGGUUCAUCUGCUUCUUUUUGUGUUGCGCUCGCUGGUGCGUUCCUUGCUCUAUCCAAGUGUGUGAAAUUGGAUGUUGAUAACAAAGGAUGGCAAAAGUUUGGGGACAGUGAGCUGAAUCUGGUGAAUAAAUGGGCUUUCGAAGGGGAGAAGAUAAUCCAUGGAAAGCCAUCCGGCAUUGACAACACAGUAAGCACAUAUGGAAACAUGAUCAAGUUCAAAUCUGGUGAACUCACACGCCUCAAAUCGAACUUACCCCUCAAAAUGCUCGUAACCAACACGAAAGUUGGAAGAAAUACAAAAGCAUUGGUUGCAGGUGUGUCAGAAAGGACAUUCAGACAUCCGAAUGCCAUGAACUCUGUAUUCAGUGCUGUCGAUUCCAUCAGCAAUGAAUUGGCGUCCAUACUCCAAUCACCAGUUUCAGACGAGCUUGCUGUAACAGAGAACGAAGAAAAAUUAGCAGAACUAAUGGAGAUGAAUCAAGGGCUACUCCAAUGCAUGGGGGUCAGCCACGCUUCCAUUGAAACCGUGAUUCGUACAACUCUAAAAUAUAAACUAGUGACUAAACUAACCGGAGCCGGCGGAGGAGGCUGUGUUCUAACACUACUGCCAAGCUUACUCUCAGGAACAAUUAUUGAUAAACUCAUCGCAGAGCUGGAAUCAUGCGGGUUUCAAUGCUUGACAGCAGGAAUUGGAGGAGGCGGCGCAGAGGUCAGCUUCGGGUCUUCCUAACUCAGCCCAGAAGAACCACUCAGUGUAACACUUGUAACCCCUACUUCCAUAAAUAGCUUAAGCAUAGCUCCUUCAUCGUCGCAUGUUUAUGAGUAUUAUCUAUUUUCUUCUGCGCAUGCUAAACUUGGCGAAACAUCGAACUUUCUUUGCGAACCGAGAUAGCAUGUCUAGCAAAAAAUAAAAAUGAAACUAAGUUGUUUCUUUCUUCUCUUUUAAUAUAUAGAUAUCAAGUGUAGUAUGCCUUCGUGGUUUUUUUUAUGCAUUUGGUAUGUUUGUAUGAAUGUUGGUUCAAUUUGACAAGUGAGCUUUGAUACUAAAUGUGCAUAGUUGUUUUCAA